CGGAAAUUCAAACGCUUGACUGAUGAUGACAGGGCAGAGAGACGUUUGAAACUCCACAAAUCUUGACACGGUUGUUUUACUUAGUGAAAAGAUUAAGAAAAAAUGGAAAAUCAGAAGAGACCGAGAGAUCCACUGGAUGAAAAUUCUUCAACCUCUAGUGAAUUGGAAAAUGUGUUGAAGAAAAGGCGACUAGCUGCAGGAGAAGAGAACCUAGACCCCACAAAAUCCCCCGCCAGGACCCGCUUGAGAUUGACAGAGCUGGAAGUAAAACCGGACACCCCAGCCAUAGCUUCCAUACGCUCCAGGGUCCAACAGCUCAGCCAGAGACGGGAUGGUGACAAUUCAGGUGGAACUGGUCUCAUCCAGCGCUGCGUGUCUGACCCUGGGUCUGAGGGUUCUGCUAGACCUAUAUCCUCAGAUAUUUGUCGUAUCGGUGAUGGCGAGUUUAGUUCCCGCCAGCAGCGCUUCAAACCACCAACCCCUCUGAACAGUCCCGGUCGCCUCACCCCCUGCACACGCAAUCUCUCCAGCUUCGUGCACGGCAUCCAAAAGCAGCUAAACGCCACAGUUACACCCAGCAGUAAAGAAGCCUCCCGUAUCCGCCAGGCUCGUGUGGAGGAGUUGCGUCUAUUAAAGGUUCAGCCUGUGGGAGAGAACAUGUGGUUGAAGAGGAGUUUGUCUGACUCUUCUCUUACUGAGGAGGAGCUAAAGGAAUCAGAAUUCAGCUCCUGUGAGGUUGAUAGUAAGGUGGUGGAGGGAAGUCUAAACAUCACGCCACCACGUACUGAGGAGAUUCCCCACUUUGACCUUAAUUCCUCAGCAGAACCUUCUGCUUUGAGCACUUCUGCUCUUAUUGACGAAAUGUUUGAAGAUGUCUUGCAACACGCAGACAAGGAAGAUGAAGAUGGAGAGAAGGAAUCAGAGGAAGAAAAGAAUUACAACAAUUCAUCAGGACUUGAAACGGAAGAUGAACCAGAACCAGACACGGUUGAAUCAAAUCCGACUUCUCAAGAAGAUAGUGAGAUGUGUGAGGAGAAUGAGGAAACUUUUGAUGGCAGUUCUGCAGUUGAUGAAGAGCAGGAACUCCAGCCUGCUGAUAGAGGUGAGGGAGAGAUGGAGCAGAAGAUGGACAACACCUCCGUGGGUGCCGAAGAAGACUUCCUGACCCUGCCGCCCAGAUGUAUCCUCUCUCCUCUCAGCAAAUCAGUGGAGGCUGUUGUCACACCAAUGAAGAUUGAAAUCACUGUGGCUGAGCCAUCAAUCCCACCGGUCUUACCUGAAGAAGAGUCCCACACAGCUGAUGUUCCACCUCUGUACAGCAUCGACGCCUACCGCUCGCAGAGGAAGAUCCACCCUCCCUCCACUCAGAACAUGACCAGUGGAGUUCAGAAGCAGGUUCAUGAGAAAAUAUGCCCAAAACAGCCCAUCAACACCAAAGAGAGAAUUAAGACUUUGAAUGAGGAGGCAGCCAAGUUACAGACGAUCAUCACGCAGACACUGCAGGCUCUGAGUUGCUGCAGUGAUGAGGAACAUGGGAAGGGUUCCCUGCAGGAGGCAGAGGCUGAGAAACUUCUCCUAGUUUCCUGCGAGAAGCGGGCAGCAUUACUGGCAGAGGUCAGCAGACUUAGGGAGGGUGGGUCUGGAGAACCGGACUCCCAUAAUGCACCUCAGCCUUGCAGGGGCACCGUUAGCAUCAGCAGCAUCCAGCUGCCCCUCAAGGUGGAGUUUGUGUGCUCUGCUCGCACAGGUCGCCCGAUGCACUACUUCUUUGUUCUGAUUCGUUAUGGUGCGUGUAACAUCGUGGCAACACCAUUGGCUACAGCUGCAGAUGCCCAGAAUGGAGACACCAUCACCUUUCCAACCUCCAUUACACUACAAGACAUUCGUUCCAAUUUUGAGAUUGACAUAGAAGUGUACAGUUUGUCUAAUACUCAGAGUAAUACCUGCAGCCUUACCACUCAGCAGUUCCGCAGCUCAACAAAGUCAAGGGUGACCCCCAAGAAAAUACUCCACAGCAUCACGAAGUCUAGCCAGAGUGGGACAUCUGCUACUCUGCCAGGUCUGAGCGUCCAGCGUUCUAGUAACUUCAAACUAGUGGGCUCUCACAAAGUCACAUUGAGCUCACUGGGACAGAGCAAGUUUCCUCUGGACAAGAUGAAAUUUGAAGGGAAAAUCAGACGACUCCUUGGCGAUGAGUUUCAGGAAAAGGUUCCGUUUCUUUCUCCUUUAGAGGGCCACAUCUAUCUGAGGCUGCACAGUGAGGGCCACUCCAAUGUCAAGCAUCAGGGGUUUCUGACCAUGUUUGAGGAUGUGAGUGGUUUUGGAGCCUGGCAGAGGUUAUACUUCUGUCUGGAGGCAGGACAUCUGCUCUACUGGAAUCAUCCUAAUGAGAUGGGUGACACGCCAUCAGAUGGCAGUUUCUCUCUCUUUGGCUUCUGCAGCGUCAGACCUGUGAAGAGAGAAUGCUGUGCGCGGCCGGACACGUUUGAAUUGGUAGAAACUAACACCCCAGAGCAGCAAGACAACCAGACCUUAAAGAAGUCCUGGUUUUCAGCAGACACACGAGAGGAAAGGACCGAAUGGAUGGAGAAACUCAAUCAAACCUUACUGGACUUUCAAACCUGGAACAGGAAGCCUGUUUCUAACGACAGCGGAGCUAGCACAUCCUCCAUGAGCGGGACCUCUCGUGAAAGCAUACUGUAAAAUAACACUAACCUGUAUCACACUAAGAAAGUAGGUCAGAACACAUCAUAUCUGCCACUUUCAAAGAACAUGAGGAUCUUAUGAGAAGAAACUCAGGAGCAGUCCGAAAGUAAAUCUGUAAUGCUUGUUAUUUUAAUAAUGCAUUAUAAUCUGCUUUAUUGAGAUUUGUUAGUACAUAUGCAUGUUCUGCUACAAGGGCCACCAGUCCUGCUCCUGGAGGGCUACGGUUACUGAGUUUAGCUGCAACUCUGACCAAACACAACUGAACCUACGAAUCAAGGUUAUUCCAUAUCUUGAAAAUGACAGGCAAGUGUGUUUGAUUUGGGUUGAAGCUAAACUCAGUAGGACAGUGACUCUCUAGGAUCAAGACUGGACACGCUUGUAUUACUUUAUUACACACGUACAGGAUAUAUGUAGAGUAUAUAAUAUGGUAAUAUUUCUGAUCUGAUGUUAAUUAUUCUUCAAGGUUGAGGGUUAAGCCAUGCACGCAGAUGAAACAGUCUGAUUUGCAUUAUAUAUUUUUAUUAUUUUUCAUUUACUUUGGCAACACUUUAUGUGACUGUCAUACUGCAGUCUUCAUAUGGAAGGGAGAAUAUCGUUUUUAUUUGUAUGUACAGUUACACUAUAUGAAGUACGUCAUGAAUAGAAAGGAUGAUUUCUGCGUUUAUCUUCACAUGACCUGAUUUAUACGGAUAAUUAUUAAAAAAAUGUGGGACUACAUAGCCAUGCGUUAUAUUCUCUGGUACACUAACAUUGGGAGGCAGUUGACCAGCAGUGUUGUCAGUUGUGUCAUGAUAGCAACUUGACCUACGUAACACACAUGAAAAUGACUUUUACUGUUGGUUUAAACACAGAUGAUUGUGAUAUGAGGUUCUUGGGUGAAAAUUUGGAAAUCAACAUUACAGAGCUGUUCAUUUUAUAGCUUUAACCUCCAUUGCUUCAGUAGAUGAGUUGUCUCUAGAGUUGUCACUUUGUAUCAAUGUGCUGUGUUUCUUUGUCCCAUGUAUGUGUUCCUUCCAAGAGUCUCCUAUCCUAUUGCUGCAGUUGAACUCUAAAAUAUCCUGGGAAAGGUACCAUAAAAUAAAUAUGGUUAUUAAGGCCUGUUGUAUUGUUUUUCUUUAGUUAUAGUUUUAUUUAUUUGUAAGUUCAAUCAUAUUUAUGAGGCCAAAUGGUAGACAUUUCUGUUUAUUAAAGAUGCACCUAUAUGUAAAUGUUGGCUGAUAACAAUAACCAAUCAUUCUUGAACAUUGGAAGACAAUAACCAAUAUAUUGGCCAAUAUACCUAAAUAUAUCAUUUUAUGAGACUGAACAUUAUUU